AUGGCCAUCAGGCCGCCUUCCACGUGGACAAACCAGACCAGCACCUCAAAUCUCAGCAGAACCGCGCGUGAAGCCCUCGCGUCGGGUGCAGCCGCGGCAAUCGAUAUUGAGCGGCUCGACCCGUCGCAACCCCGCGCACCCGACUGGAUACCUCAAGUGCAAUUGAUCUCAAGCGUCUUCGCCGGGAUGGCCAUACAGGACUACUACAGCGGAAACGGCACGUGGAUCGAACCAGUGACCACGCUCAUGCAGGAGUUCAAUAAGGACUUUGGCAUCUAUGGGGUUCGCGAAGAUACCGGGCUAACGGGUGAUGCUAACGCAUGGGCUUUGACGUUCUACUACGCGUACAGGACAUAUAAGCAGCCGUUUCUGCUUGACACUGCUGUGCAGAUAUAUAACCGUACGAAUGAGACGUGUUUUAUCACGCCUAGCGCAGCGGCGAGCGGCUCGGGAGUGGGGCGUAAUGUGUCCUUCGUUCCUCCGGCGAACUGCACAUUUGCGGGCGGCGUCUUUGAGACCAACGACCCCAAUAUGGUGGGAGGUUUGGAUGUAUGCGCCACGUGCGUAGGCCCGUUCAUGGCGAUGUCAGCAUACCUCUAUGAAGAGACACAGAACACCGCAUACCUCGACGCCGCGCAGCUCUCCAUGGACUUCAUACUGCAUCAUAUGUGGAACGGGACUCUCGUUGUCCAGACACUAACCUUGAACACAUGCACGGUACCGGAUGCAACCCCCUUACCUCUCGAUCAGGCCGGCUUCAUCGAAGGUCUAGCGAUCUUAGCGAAUGUGACCCACAAUGCGACCUUUACGGCAUUGCACGUGCAUCCUCGUCCCCUCGUUCUCCUUCAACACUCAUUCUUCAUCAGCCUGGAAGACGUCGUAUACAACGUUACCACGUUCCCUGGAUGGUCAUUGGCGGGCAGCUCCGUCAUAUCUGAGUCCAGCACUACACUGUCGGAUGGAUGGCCCUUGGACCUCAAGGGCGUUUUCAUCCGUGCGCUCGCGGAGGCUCGUGCGCGGAACCCGGGCACGGAUCUUGCGCAGUAUAUAGAGGCGUACAUCAUGAUCCAGUUUAAUGCGCUCCUAGCUCACGCCCAUGGCUCGACGUCGAAUACGAGCGACCUGUACGCUCCGUCGUGGACGGUCGGUCCACCUCCCACAUCGCUCAAUGCCGGGGGGAACGUCGCUGCUGUAGAUGUCCUAAACGCUGCUUUUAGUUUCGCGUCGCCGAAUAGCUCGUCUACCGGCCCCGCUAGUGGGCCUACAGGCGGUUCAACUGCUAGGCCAUCCGCACAGGACAGAUCGCGAGAUACAGGUGCUAUAGCGGGCGGAACCGUGGCCGGCGUUCUCGCGAUUGCCAUCGCUGCUUUCUUGGUCUGGCAUCAUCGCCGUCGGAAGCGAGCGGCGAUCGAUCACACGGCGAACGCGGCAUUCUCGUCGACCCAUCCCGGCCUCGAUGGUAGCGCUACUCGCGGUAUUGAUCCAUUCACUCAGUCCGUCCCUGCAAGCCAGGUGUCUUCGAAAUGGCAAAGCAUUUACGAGCCUCACCGACGAGAUCGAAGCGAUGCUACUAGUACGCUUCGGCCCGAUGAGAGCGGUGAUGGCGAGCGGGCUCCAGCGGCAAGGAGGCUUGAAGAUGUGCAGGGCGAGGACGGCACAGUACGAAGUGUAGCGCACGCGGAGCCGGACGCUCUCGCCGAGAUACCGGGCCUUGUUGGGCGCCUGUAUCAUCUGUUGGGUCGCCAGGGAGAGCCUGGGCCUCCACCCGCGUACGCGAAUUGA